GGCCGUCUCGAGGCAACGGCUUGCGAGAGGACCAAGAAGCCGGCUCGGGAUUCUCGCGGGUUCUCGCGAGACGGGGGGGGGCCUCUCCGCCUCGCCUGGAGUUGUUGCCAUGGAAACCGGAGACGCGGGGUUCGCGUGUUGGAGGUGGUCUUGGGGAUGUUAAACCCGCCAUGUGCAAGUCCAGCAAGAGUUCACACGUACUUCCCAUCACCACUACGGUGGGGGUUGCACGGGUCCUCCCCAGCGGGAAGGUCUACAGGCAGAUCUUCGAUGACGAGAUCAACCUGGUGCACGCCCUGGGGAGAGCUAGGAGCAAGAUCAGCAGGCACAAAGUCCUUCCAGGAAAGAUUCCACUAGUGAGGAAUUUGGAAAGAAGGACUAGCUAUGGAUUCUUGUCCGAACGCCAACAGACGUGGAUCGAGGCAAUGCCCAAUGAUCAGCUCACUGAAAAUCCAGUGCAAUACAAGGAGGCUGUGACUCUGGCACACGUAAAGGCUAAAGAAAGCGAGAAUGUAAUUGCCGCGCGGGAAGUCAGAGGCCUUGCCGAUGUCAUCAUUUCAGAGAAAAGAUCCAGCGGUAUCGUGGAGCAGAUCUACGAGAACAAAAAAUUGUGUUACGAAGAAACCGUGGCACAAUUCAGACAGGAACUAGCAUGCGUCGGAAAGGAAAUAGAAGAAUGUUAUGUGAAGCCUGGGAAAUUAUUGUUGACCCAGUUACGAGAAUCGGGCCAGGCUUUUGAAGCCUUUUUUCGUGCCUCUGAAAGCGACGUCACUUUAAUCUCCUAUACCAUCCAGGACUUCGAGAAAAUGUGGGGUCUUCUCUUUCAAGAGACCCAGCAAAGGAGGCAGCGGAUUCAAGAACUGGAUGGAGCUUUACGCCAGGCCGAGGUGGACAGAGCAGAGCAGAUCACAGUCAUCCUGAGCAAGUACACCAAGAUGCUAGAAGACCUUGCCUAUCUCUUAUCCUCAGAUGUCCACAGAUUCGUACACCAGGAAGCCAUGAUGAUCAACCAAGCUCUCCUGGCCAAUCGGAGGGCGAUCUCCAAGUUGUUCCUUAACCUGAUGGAGGCUGAGCUCAAGUGGGAUUCCUUUUAUCGCUGUCAGCUGGAAGAGAGGAAGGAGAUCUGGAGAGCCGUGCAGAAGAAGCACCUCGUUUCCAGCUUCCAAGAGUUUGUGGAAAGUGAAAGAAUCCAGAACCCAAAGGCUGUGGAAAUGGAACUGGAGAGCAUGCUAGAAGAGCAGCGGUCGCUGGCCGAAAAAAGAAGGAAGCAUUUAUUCUCUGUGGGCUACCUGUUGCCUUUGAAGCACACCAAGGCCGAAAUCAAUGAGUGGUACGAGUCUCUGGUGGACUUAAAUAAACGAAUCGACACUCACAACGUCCAGUCCAUGAUGAGAAUUCGCCUCCAGUACGAGAAGGUCUGUCAGGAGUGUUUGGAAAAACUCCAGGAAUGCAAGCAAAAUCUGAUCGACAUGAAGAUUUGCAGCCUCAAAGAGGCCGAGAAGAUCGUAAACCCAAAUUUCUACCAGUUAAUUGGGAAGCUGCAGACUCAGUUUGAAGUAAAGAUAGAGAAGAUGGAUGAUGACUUGGAACACCUGGUUAAAAAUACAGAAACCAACUGCAGGCACCUCUAUCAGUACUUCCAAGAUGCCCUGGGCAUCUUUGACGUCCACCAGCAGAAGCUCACCCAACAGGAGAACGGUCUUCAGAAAGCUUUAAACGAUUGUCGGGGCAAGCACGAAAAUAUGAACAAGCUAAGGGAAAUGAAUCUGGACAUAGUGGUGGACAAACUGAGGAUGCAAAGCACCGAUGAAAAGCUGAAAGCUUAUCUAGAGAGGGUUUACGCGGCCUUGGACAUCAUUCGCCAUGGGUACACAGUCUUCCAUCAAGAACUCUUGUCCAAAGUGAUGGCUUACCCAAGCCAUGUUCGGCACGAACUUCUUUCCUACAGUGCUACCGUCAGCCGGUAUUUUUACGUCCUGGGCAGCUACAAAGGGAAGACACUAAAGAAACCAGGAGGCUCAGGGGAAGAAGGAAGGGAUGGAGGAGAGACCGAAGAAACAGAAGCGGAUCUGGAGAUUUCCUUGGAGAAAGAGAGCGAGGAAGGGCUGCCUCUGGAGGAGAUGGGAGGAGCUGAUGAUGUCGAGGAGGAAACUGAGCAGGAAGACGGGGAGGAAGGAGAAGAAAUGGAGACCUCUUCUCCCAAGGACGCCGUUGGUGGAGAUGACGCCGAAAGAUCAGAGGAAGGGAAGGCCUUGGGGCCCAAGACUGAAGAUGCCACAGAACCAGCGCUGACAAAGGAUUCGGGCAAGAAGUCCAAGCGAAAGGAUGUGAUUGAGGAAUACUUCACCACGUCCGGCCAAAACACGUACAAAGUGACGGAGUACUUAAAGAAGUCUAAGCUCCGGAAACCAGAGAAAUAUUACCUGGGGAAGCUGAAAAGCAGUUCUUUGCCUUCCUACCUGGAGCAGGUGUAUCUGUCAGAGGGUUUUUUGAGAGAUGUCAGAAGACACAGUAUCCGACUCCAGUUCUUUGAACAGUUGGAGAAGUGGUUUGAUGACACCUUAUCCAGCAGCUGGGUGGUCGUGGUGGCCAAGAAGGAAGAACUCAGCUCCGAGCUGCAGCUGCGCCUCCAUCUUCACGAACCCCGGAGGGAGCGCAUCGAGAAAGACGUGUACAACGUCCGGAUGGUGGAGCUACGGAUCCACAGCGACCGCCUGAAGCGUCACUGCGCCGGCGUGAUAGAGUUGCUGAACAAGGAGAGGAGCGCCUUCCUCAAGAUUCGGGAAGACCACAACGCAAUCAGCAGAUCCUUCCGAAACCGAAUCCUAGACAUGGAGAAAGUCUUCCAGAUGGAAAGCCGGGCAGAAAAGGUGAUGGCCCUCAGCCGCAACUUACACAUGGAGUUGCUGAACCAUGUGGAAGUACUACAGGUCUCCACGCGGAGCUACAGGCAGUAUCUGGAGGAAGCUUUGGGGAAACUGCGAGAUUGUAACACGGACUUUCUGAAAGCCUGCAGACUGUUUGCAGACGGUGGGAACUUUUCGCCCGAGGAACUGGAGGGCUUCAUGAAGCAGCUGCAGAAAGAGAACUCGCGCAUAGAGUUUGUCGAAGGCUUGAUCAUGAUCGAUAUGGAGAAAGCCGAGACCGGCUAUCUGGAGCAGGCUACCGAAAUUAUUGGCAAGUUUGAGAACAGGUUUCGCUAUCUGUUGAUGGAUCGAGUCUUUCUGGAGAAAAUCCAGCGGUUUCUGACCAACAUUCAAGUGAAAAUCAAGACAGAGGUGGCCAAAUCCAACUGGCAGACCCAAACGUUGAAUAACUCCUUGGAGAAGCUGGUCCAGAGGAUCGAUGCCUGCGCCCACCCGAAUGUGGACAAGGAAAGCAUUACUCCAGAAAGACUUUACGAAUUUGCCAAGUUCGUCAUGGAAGAACUGAAGAAGAGAUGUAAAUACCUCAACUGUCAGCUCCGGAUGCAGGAACCGGAGAUCAUUUCUGUGCCGGUGGUCUUCGCCCAAGACUCCCUCGUAAGCUCCGCCCCGUCGGAUAUUUCGCUACCGGACGGCAAGGUGACCGUGAUGGGCAUGGAGUACACGCCCGUCCUGAAUCCCAGCAGGAUGGGGAAGCCGGCCUUCGAUGACGCCUCGUUCCACCUGAUCCGAAAUCUCACCGGAUUUGUGCGUGGGAGAAGGAUGAUCGAUGCUCAGCACGAAAAGGACAUCGCGGGGCAGCCUGGAGCAGACCGAGGAGAAUUUCCCAAUCAAGCUUUACCGCCCCUCCUGACUGGGGGCGGUCAUCGUGAAAGCCUUCCGUUGGGAGCAUCCUACUUACCCGGGAAGAAAUCUAGUUCCAUUACCAAAGUCUCGGAAAGCGGGAACUCCAUCCAAAAAUACACCAGACUUACUAAAGCCGACAGGAAGUUGAUGAUUUUCGGAGGGCAGCCAAGAGAGACCGACGCGGAUUACUUUACCGGAAUCAUCUUCAGCAUCCUGUGGGACAAUUUUGAUAACAUCAUGAACGUUGCUGAGGAAUUCUACAAAAAGGACAAGCAUCAGAUUACGAAGCCAGACUGCCUGCAGGAAACCUACGACCUUUGCAUCGAGGCUUUGGGUCAGAAAAUGCUGGGCUACCUUUUCCAGUCAGACGAGUACCACAUCGCUUGCAUCUCCGAGUUCCGGGUUCAGCUGAAGACUUUUGAGGAAGAGCUUCCUCGUGUCGUCCGUCUGGCCAUCGGCAAACUUCUGAAGGAUCACGAGCAGCUCCUUGCCGAAUCCACAGAACAGAUCCGGGGUCAUCUGCAGGACCAGCUGAAAAAAUGGACUGCUAUAAAAGACAAAAACAUGGCUCAGUUGCAUACCAGUUUGGGGCACCCGGAUAACAUCCCUGUGCUGGAGGCCUUGUGCCAAGAGGAAGAGAAAAGGCAAGAAGAGCAAGUGGAAAGCAUCCUGAUCUGCACCAAGAGGCUGGAGGUCUGCGUCACAGAGUGCGCCCAAAAGUUUGUCUCCACCUUGGCCACGUGCACUGAGACCAUCCUGAUGGAGCUGGACAACAGCCUCACCAUUGAUGACGUCCAACUGGGAAAAACGGAAAAAGUCAGAGAGAAGACCAUCACCCUGAUCCGCCGUAAAAAAGCCGGCCUCUCCUUGGAAGUGGAGGAGCGGAAACUGGUGGCCGAACGAGGCAGCAGAACCUGGCCUGGCAUCCCACAAACCACCAUCCCGAGCCUCCCGAACCAGGUGAUCUUUCAAGAAACGGCCUCCGUGACCACAGCCAAAACCACGCUGGGCCACGUGGCAGCCGUGGAAGAGAGAGACGCCGUUUACACGAAGUUCAAGGAAAAGCUGGAGAUGGAAUUUGCUAGGAUCAAGGAGGAAAACUCAUCACACCUCAUGAAAACCCAACACUGGGCCCACUGGUGGAAGAAAUCGGUGCAAAAAAUCAAACAGCUCUAUCUGUGAACCCCCUUUAAUCUCCCGGGAUCCACGUCUCCUUCCCUUCCCUCCUCUGUGCGGUACAGACCUAUAAUUGAUCCCUGUUGGAAAAGAAACAUUAGUUUGAAAAUAAAAUGAUGCUUAUUGUGCA